AUGGCUGAUGAGUUAAGUCCAGCCAUAAUAAAACGUACUCAAGAAACACUGGGAAAAUAUGUUAAGAAGCCCAGUUUAACGGAAAAACUUUUGAGAAAGCCUCCAUUUCGCUUUUUACAUGAUGUUUUCAGUGUUGUUAUACGAGAUACUGGAUGUUUUGUUGGAUUAUAUACUCCAGAGGAACUUAAAUAUGAUAAUAUCAAAGAUCGUGAUGAUAAAAUGAAAUUUUUGCAAAAAAUUAUCGAUGUAGUUAAAUUCACUACAGGCUCAUCGUUGGCUGUACGCACAUCAAAAAUAGUAGCUGGUCAUGAACCAGAAAAAACAAAUGAGCUUCUUCAAUUAAUGGGAGAAAUAAUAGAAAAGAAAUUAGAUUGGCAAACGGCACUUGAACAAGUUCUAUCAGGCAAAUCAGCACGCAAUGAAUCCCCGCGAAAGCCCAAAGACUCCUCGAAAAAAGUAACAAAGGACAGUACAACUAAAGAUAGGCACAAAGAGAAAUCUAAGGAUAAGGAGUCUAAAACGAAAGACUCAAAAGCAACCAAAGGAACAUCAAGCAAAACUGUAACAACGACUAAGAGGGAUGAAAAACCCACCAUGAAUAAAACAAAAGAUAAACCCAUUACAAAAUCCGUCACUAAAGAGAGAACUUCUAAGGGAAACAAAGAACCAGAUAAACCGUUAAAAAGAUCAACAAAAGAAACAACUAAUUCAAAAUCAAAAUUAACAAAAACUGAAUCACAAUCCAGCAAAAGUUCUCCUUCGCCCAACAUUCAAGAAUCUAAAAAGGAUCUGAAAUCUAUACAAAAUGAAACUGAGUGCAAACAUGAGGAGAUGUCGCAACAAGUGGAAAACGAUAAAAUCGUCACACCUCCAAGAAAAUUAUCCGAAAACAAUAUAAAUAAUGAAAUUUCGAUUACUAAUGAAGCUCCUGAUACAGAUAAUCAACAGGAUUCACAUCAAUCUAGUCACUUAGAAGAAGAAAAAUCUAAAAAAUCCUCAGCUAAAAAACGAAAAUCUAGUGCACGCAAAAUAGCCGAAAGCUUUGGAGAUACAGUUCAGGAUAAUAAAAUUAACAGUUUGGAACCAGACAAUGCCAUUACAUCAACACAAAAGAAAUCGGAAAUAUCUGAGGCUGAAGCCACGACUACGACUUCUUUAAAACAAGAAUUAUUUACAUCAACAGUAAAUCAACAGCAGCAAUCACCAAAACAUUCUGAACCCGAUACUUUGAAAAAUAGUCCAUCCAAAACAAUAACUCCUCCGAUGCAAACUCAAAAACAACCGCAAGCAUCUCCUCCUGUCAGUUUAACAAACGAAAUGAAACGCGAAUCGACUUUUACCCGUGAAAACUCCAAAGAGUCAUCAUCUAAUCAAAGUUCUUUAGUAAAUCGUCCAAGAACCUCACUAAGACCACCCAGUGCCAGACCGCCCUCUGCGCGUCCUGGCGCACCCAGGCGACGUGAUAAGAAUAUUGAAAUUAUCUUACAACCCAAUGAUCAAAUAAAAAUGUCUGGCAUACAAGUAAAAUUGGAAACAUUCGGUGAUCUAGAUGAUGAUGGUGAAAAUUUGGUGAUCAUUGAGAAUCCCAAUUCGAAUGAUGUUACAAUUGAUCAGCAAUCAAACUUAACCGAAAGCGAAAAAAUGAUGCAAGACAAAACAUUCGAACAGGGUCAUUUGGUGCAACAGAUUCUGGAGACUCAAAAAGAACUGGUGCAAAAUGAUACAAACAAUCAGCAAAAAGGUGAUAUGGAUUCAACAAAUGGUUUAGUAAUGAGACAAACUUCUGCCCGUCACAUGAAUAACUUGCGAGAUGUUAUACAAAAUUUAACAAAAUCUGUUAAUCCAUUGGGUAAGCUUAUGGAUUUCAUACCAGAGGAUGUUGAUGCCAUGCAAUUGGAAUUUACCAUGUGGAGAGAUGCUUACACACAAGCCGCCAACGAGUUGAAAAGGGAAAAGAGUCUUACAGAGUCGGCUACUGAACCUAUGAAAAAUCAAUUAAUACAAAUUGAGGCAAAUAUAGCGGAAUAUAUGGAAAUGAUUGAUGCUAGUCGAGUAAAAAUUUUGCAAAAUUCCGAAAAAAUUUUGAAAAUGUUAUCAACAUAGAAUGGAAUUACCCACAUAAUCGACACAUUUACUUAUAUCUGCACAUUGUUGGUUGUUAUUAUCUUUUGAUUAUCACUCUAAUUUGAACCUCUCUAAACAAAGAUGAAUCUGUAUAGAGUGGUGUCACCAAAAGAAAACAUAUAAAUACUA